AUGACUACCCUGAGUGGUAUUUCUGUUGUUGGGAGUUCUGAUGCUGCUGGUAUUUCUGUUGUUGGGGGUUCUGUUGGUGAAGCUGGUGUUGUUAGGGGUUCUGUUGGUGCUUUUGUUGGUAUGGUUGUUCGAGGUGGUGCAACAGGUGGUGAAGGUAUUACGAGUAAAGGUAAGGGUAAGGAUAAGAAAGGCAUAUAUGCCAAGAAAAAGACAAAAGGUAAGUUUGUGAGAGGGCCUGCUCGUGUUGGUGUUUUGGGGGGAGAUGCUGCAGGUGUUGGAGAUGCUGGGAGUAGUGUUGGAGGAGGAGAUGGUGAUGCUAGGGGUGUUGGGGAUGCUGGGAGUAGUGUUGGGGGAGGAGAUGGUGAUGGUGGGGGUGUUGGGGAUGCUGGGAGUAGUGUUGGGGGAGGAGAUGCUGAUGGAGUAGAUGGUGAUGCUGGGAGUGUUGUUAAAUCUUGA